CAGUGUGAUGUGAGUGAUGUGUAAUGAUAGUGCCAGUAUAUUAACAGUAGCGGUGUGUCCCAGGUCUGUGGUGAAGAGCCCCCCCAGUGUGAUGUGUAAUGAUAGUAGCAGUAUAUUAACAGUAGCGGUGUGUCCCAGGUCUGUGGUGAAGAGCCCCCCAGUGUGAUGUGUAAGGAUAGUAGCAGUAUAUUAACAGUAGCAGUGUGUCCAGGGCGAGGAGACGUCCAGCCCCAGCUGAACAGCGCCAUGCAGGACGUCAGUGAUAAAUACCUGCUGCUGGAGGAGACGGAGAAACAGGCCGUCAGGAAGGCCCUCGUCGAGGAGAGGAGCAGGUUGUGCACCUUCGUCUCCAUGCUACGACCUGUCGUGGAUGAGGAGAUCUCCAUGCUAGGAGAGGUCACCCACCUCCAGACCAUAUCUGACGACCUCAAGAUGCUGACCAUGGACCCUCACAAGCUGCCCCCCGCCAGCGAACAGGUGAUUCUGGAUCUGAAAGGCUCUGACUAUAACUGGUCCUAUCAGACUCCUCCCUCCUCCCCCAGCACCACUAGGUCCAGGAAGUCCAGUAUGUGCAGCAGUCUGAACAGCGUAAACAGUAGUGACUCCCGCUCCAGCGGCACAUCCCACUCUCACUCCCCUUCCUCCUCCUCCUGCUCCUCCCACUACGGCUACCGUAGCUCCACCCUGCCCCAGCAGGCCGCGGCACGACUGUCCUCCAUGUCCUCCCAUGACUCAGGAUUCAUCUCCCAGCCAGACACCCACACCUCCAAGUCACCAUCACCCAUGCCCCAGGAAACACUACUGCAGCCUUGCUCCAGCUCUGGCUCGUCUGAGGCCUCUGACACCUGCCAGUCAGUCAGUGAGUGCAGCUCUCCCACCUCAGGAGGGCCUCUGGCUGCAGUUGACAAGUUGUCUAACGGGUAUGAUCACUACGGGGAUCACCAUCAUUCAGACUCUUCAUACCUGAUGGGAGGGGGCUCAGGCCUGGGGGGGUCCUACCUGAUGGGAGGGGGCUCAGGCCUGGGGGGGUCCUACCUGAUGGGAGGGGGCUCAGGCCUGGUGGGUUCCUACCCCCUCUUCCCUCCCUCCUCCCAUUCCACCUCCAUCACCACCUCCUCCUCCUCCUGUCCGUCCCAGUCGUGGUCCAGGCCGGGCUCGGCCCUGCUACCUGACUACCCUCAUUACUGCACCCUGGGGCCUAACAUGGUCCCCACCUCUAAAGUCCCCAGCUGGAAGGACUGGGCUAAACCAGGACCCUAUGACCAGCCCAUGGUGAACACCCUUAGAAGGAGGAAGGACAAGGAUCCUGUACCAGCAGACACCAGCUAUGCCCCACUACCACUGCCUGCUGGUGUCAUCCCAGCACCUGGGGGCAGGAGUCUACCACUGCCUGCUGGUGUCAUCCCAGCACCUGGGGGCAGGAGUCUACCACUGCCUGCUGGUGUCAUCCCAGCACCUGGGGGCAGGAGUCUACCACUGCUUGCUGGAGUCAUCCCAGCACCAGGGAGCAGAGGUCAACCAUUACCUCCACCACCCAAGGUGUGUGAGAUGGAGGCCCAUGAGGAGCUGGCUCUGGCCCUAUCCAGAGGUCUUCAGCUGGACUCACAGACACAGCGUUCCAGUAGGGACUCUCUACACUGUUCUAGUGGCUACAGUACCCAGAGUACCACCCCGUGCUGUUCAGAGGACACCAUACCUUCACAAGUGUCAGACUACGACUAUUUCUCCAUGGGAGGGGACCAGGAGGUUGACCAGCAGGAGUUUGACAAGUCAUCCACCAUCCCCCGUAACAGUGACAUCAGCCAGUCCUACCGUAGGAUGUUCCAGUCCAAGAGACCAGCCUCCACCGCCGGCCUACCUUCUACGGCUGGCUCCGUCAUCAUGACCCCUGGGGUCGCCACCAUCCGCCGCACGCCCUCCACCAAGCCCUCGGCUCGCCGCGGGACCACCGGCCCAAUCCCCAUCCGGACCCCCGUCAUCCCAGUCAAGAUCCCCACCGUGCCUGGCCUAGUUGGGGGAGGAUUUCCUGGGGGGCUGGGGAUUCCUAUAGGACCAGGAGUAGGAGUGGAGGAACCAGAGGAGGCCCAGAGCCCUGAGUCUCCAGCCCAGGGAGAGGAGGGGGAGCUGGGUGUACUUCCCCUGGCGUUCUGGAGUGGUCAAGCAACCACAAACCCUCCCUUGGCCGCUCACCAGCCUAGGGCCCAGUGUCAGGGCGAGGGGGGGUCCCUGGAGGAUGGGGAGGUUAUGGAUGGUCAGGGGGGAAACAUGCUGCUGGUUAUCCAGAGAGGGGUCAAGCUGAAGAGGACCAAUACCAACGAUCGCUCAGCACCGCGCAUCGUAUAAGAGGAGAGCCACCGUGGCACCAUGCAGCAUCAGAGGAGGGCAUCCUACCUAGCUGUACCUAGCUAGCCUACCGCCUGCCCAUUGACAGGACAGACAGGACACAGCUCAUGUCCUCUGUGCUAAGGGGGGGGUCUCCUGUAUACUACUUACCGUCCAGCUGCCUCACUGACAGACGGGACAGAACAGAACCCAGCUCAUGUCCAUUCCAUGUGAUGCUGUGUGUGGUGACAGACAGAGUUCUGCUCGUUGUCUCAGACGGUGCAGAAUGUGGUCUCUGGUUGGACAGACAGUGGAGCAGCUCAGAGUUGUAUUAAUUAUGUUCUCUCUUUGUUCUGAAUGUGUAAAUAAUUAUGCAUGGUAUUUUCUCUUUGUUGCUUCCUGGGGCCCAGUUCUGUUGACUAGUCCUCCCACCCCCAUUCCUCCCCUCCUCAGUUCUGUUGAC